AUGCCCAUGUAUUCGUUAAUGAAAAUACAUUAUUUUCCUUUUUCCUUUAAAGUAAGACCGAAUGUUUUCCUGUGUCCUGCAGGACAUAGACAGAAGUUGGAAGAGCAGAGUAAAAAUGCCAGCCUGGCCUUCUCAGAACGCCUCAGUGAAUUAGAGCAGCUACGUCGCUCGGCCAUGAGGCUCAGCCCUCAUCACCCCACUACCGCUCCCAACCCGCGGCCCUCACUGAAUCCCACAACCGCCUUUAACCCUCAGGCACCAAGCCAAAUUCAAGAUACCAGGCAUGUACAGCCUUCUCCACCAUGGACAUAUGACCAGUCAUACCCGUAUAUUGGGCAGAUCUCCACACCUUCUGUUCAUCCUACAACACCGAUCUCCCCUGGGCGAGCGAGUGGGAUGCCGACAAUCACAGCAGAAAUUUCCAGCAGGCUUUCAGGUGCCUCUGAUCUAACAGCAUUUGGAGACCCAAGAAUGGGCAUUGACCGUCAAUUCUCAGCCCUUCCUUCUCUUUCUGACAGUCGCUUCACAGAUCCUCGAAUGCACUACCCAGGACCAUUUGCAUACACACCCACCCCCGUCACUACAGGCAUAGGAAUUGGCAUGUCUGCCAUGACAACUGCAGCACGUUACCACACAUACCUGCCUCCUCCUUACCCAGGUUCUGCCCAAGGUCAAACUGGACCCUUCCAAACCAGUUCUUCUCCUUACCAUCUAUACUAUGGCACCUCAGCUGGGUCCUAUCAGUUUUCCAUGAUGACAGGAGGAGACCGGUCGCCACCCCGGAUUCUACCACCCUGCACUAAUGCAUCCACAGGAUCUAGCCUCCUCAACCCAAACCUUCCCAAUCAAAGUGAUGUAGUGGACGCAGAUGGGAGUCAUAGCAACUCUCCAACAAAUAUGAGCACCACAGGAAGACUGGAGGAAGCGGUGUGGCGGCCAUAUUGACUAUGAAGCAUCUUCACCUCAAUCAACGAGCUCAUGGAUUCCUACAUCAAUGGCAAAGCAAGUGCAAGAUUUUCAUUAGACCUGGAAACAUUGGGGGCACUGAGAAAACCAUGAUUGGGAUCAUUGAGUGUGUAAGGAAAAUAUUUGUAUUCAUUCGGUUACAUUUUGCCAGGUUUAUCGUCUUUGGAGAUUCAUCCGAGUUGUUUUGCAUCUACUGGCAAAAAGUCUUUUUGUCUCGCACCUUACCUUGUAUGAAGCAAAACAGUUUUUAUUUGCCUGAAUUUUAUUAAAAUAAAUGAAUAUUGUUGCCUACAGAUUGAAAGGAAGUUGCCAGCUUGCCUUUUCAUCUGUCAUCGGUUUCCUUUUUCAAAAACGUAACAGCUUCAGUUUUCAAUCAAAUUGACUACUGUGCAGCGAGUAAUGCAAGCAGGCCAGAUAGUUUGCGGUUUUUUUAAAGCAAGUUAAUAGCAUUUAUGAAAUUUUAAAAUCCAAAAAAAGACAAUAAACACUUUUGUUAACCAAAUGGGAUAGAUUUCAGUUACAGAAAAUAUAUGGAGCAAAGCUUGACAUUAUUUUGUGUUUUAUUUCAACAUCUGUGUUAGUUGCUUGACUUUCCUACUGGCACAUUACAUCCAAAGAAGCUGGGCCUGCCUGAAAUGUGCCAGAAGCAUAAACAUUUAAGAUGGACUUUUAACAGUACAGCGGGGCAGCAGGUAAUCAGGAAGGCUAAUGGAAUGCUGACCCUUAUUUCAACGCAGUUGGAGUAUAAGAGUAGGGAAGUCUUACCGCAUAUGCACAAGUACUGGUGAGACGACAUCUGGAAUACUGUGAGCAGUUUUUUUGAAAAUUAAAAAAAAUAUCAUUUCAUUGGAAGCAGUUCAGAGAAUGUUCACUAGGAUGAUCCCUAGUAUGGAGGAAUUGUUUAUAAACAAGAGUUAAACAGGAUAGGACUCUACUCUUUGAAAUUUAGAAGAAUGAGAGGUAAUCUAGGACCGACGGAUAUAGUCUCAAGAUAAAAGCUGGCAAUUUAAGACUGAGUUAAGACUCUGUCAGAGGGGUGAGAGUCUUUGGAACUCCAUGCCACAGAGAGCUGUUGAGGUCCUUGUGUAUAUUUAUGGCUGACAUUCUUGAUCAGUUGAGGGUUACAGGGAAAGGGGAGGAAAAUGGGCAUGAGGAAUGUUGAAUCAGCCAUCAUCUUAUUGAAUGGCACAGCAGGCUCAAGGGCCUAAAUAGUCUGUUCCUAUUCCUAUGGUCCUGUGUUUUUUUAUGCUUCAAUUCACCUUUUUAAAAACAAAUCAAUGGCUCCCUGCCACUGGGGCUUAGCAGAUGCUGUGGACAGAGAGGGCAAACACUAGGUUGCACCAUUGUUCACAAUUCCUUGGUUGUUGGAUAGGGUGGACUUGAACUUGAUAUAGGCCAGGUGAGACACAGCAAUAAGUGUCCAUCUUUGAGGUGAGAUGAUGCACUGAUUUGGAGAUUACAACAAAAUAAAUCACUUGCGAAUUCAACCUAUUUUCUGAAAAUGUUUAGUCUAUGCCUUUUCUGUACAGAACAAAUGAUCACAAUGAUAUCUAUAGUGGAGGAAGUCCAUUGAUGGGCUUUGGGCGCUUGCAGUAUUGAUCAGUUUGGGUAAGGUUAAAAGUGCAAUUUGUAUAUGUUGUAGCAUAAAGAGGCAUUGAUAGUAACUCCUCUUCUGAUCCUGGUUUCAGUUCGAAUCUUCUUUCUUCUAGAGUCAAAUGGUUAAUCCCCCAAGAAGAUAUCUGGUAUAUCGAGCUUUGAUUUCCCCAACACUUAGCAUCUGUUAGUAGUGCUAGUAGAAGAGUGUUAGUAACAUUUCCAGAUGUUGGCCCAUUGGCACUUAAACCACAGUGGACCUAUUAAGCUUUGCAAACAUAUAUUUGAAAGAAGGAAGAUGGUCAGUCAACACUGCUAUAUCAAAUGACUCCAGACAUGUCAGGCACCAGAGAAAGACAGGCACAGGAGCAGCAGACCUCAGAUCCAUCUGCAUUCUGCUCUGGUUACUGGACCCAACUGCCAACAAGUCAUGGCUUUUAUAAUAAUUGGUUGAAUGUUAUUUAAUUUCCAUUGUGAGUGUAUUACUUAAUUUGCUGGUCAACACAAAAGAUCAUGGGAAAGCAGGACUUUAAAUCAAUGUUUCAAAGACUGGAACAUGAUUCAAAUAAGGAAGGUCCAGGGCUGCAGGCAGCAAAACAGCUGGAUUUGUUAUUUAAAGCUUUGGUUUCCAAGAGUUCCUUAUUGAUUCUUUAAAACAGUAUAUAAGGAGCACUUAUGUUUAUUUGCUACCUUACAAUAGUAAGAUAUGCCAGCUGUCUUAAAUAUGUAUGCAGUGUGUUGACUAAAGACUGGAUAAUUUACGUCAUUCUGAUGAGCUAUGAGAUUGUUAUCGGUUUCUUGAGUCAAGCUCAUUAUUGUGUCUAUAUUUGUAAAUAAGCAAGAGUUUUUUUCCAAGAAAAUUUCCAGCUAUCAUUGCUAGUAAUUGUACAAACACCACUGCGCUUCAGACUUUUCUUUUCAACGAUUUUUUUCAAACAACUUCUCAAUUGCAUUUGCAAAACUCCUGUAGUUUAUGUUGUCAUUUUUCGAACCUAGAUGUUGUAAGUGUAAAGUUAACACGCAUUAAGAAAGCAUUUCCUGUUCACUGCAACCCAGCUAUUGGAUGCCUUUUCUCCAGCACAGCAGCUAACUCCCACAGUGGAUAGUAUCAGAGCGGCUGGACUGCUGCAGGUUUUCUGAUGAACAUAUUGACAUUCAUACUCUUUGUACCAAAGUUUGUUGAACAAUUUCAUAGUUAUAUUGUGGCUGGCUAAUAAAUUAGUUUGUUGAACAA